UAGGCACUUUGAAGGCAAGGAAUGUGAUUCUUCUUCAGCUCUCCUGAAGCAUCUAGCAUCCUACCUACUAUAUGAUUUCUUCAUCCCUCUGGUGUUCAGGACAGAACUCAGGUCCUUGAGCAUGUGUGACAUAGCAAUAGGUCUUGCAUUAAGCAGGUGCUCAAUAAACACAUAGUUGAUGAGUGAAAAAUAUGGAGACGUGGGGGCUGGAGAGGCUCAGUGGUUAAGAGCACUGGCUGUUCUUCCAAAGGACCUGGGUUCAAGUCCCAGCACCCACAUGGCAGCUCACAACUGUCUAUAGUUCAGGUCCAAGGGAUCUGAGACCCCAACACAGACAUACAGGCCGGCAAAACACCAAUGUACAUAAAAUAAAAAUAAAUAAAUCAUUUUAAAAGGAAGAAAGAAAAAUGCAGAGAUUUGAGGCAGGCAGCUCCUGAGGCUCAGCUCCAUGGCUCCAGCUUCCGGUUUUCCCCAUAUAACUCCUGGAGUUUGUUCCUGGGCUGGUCAGGAUAAUGAACACCUGUUAAACAUUUUACCCAUAUUGCCCUCGUUAACUGUCACAGCUGUUAAGGUUAAUUAAUCCAAUUUUUUUUUUUUUUUUGGUUUUUCGAGACAGGGUUUCUCUGUGUAGCUUUGCGCCUUUCCUGGAACUCGCUUUGGAGACCAGGCUGGCCUCGAACUCACAGAGAUCCGCCUGGCUCUGCCUCCCGAGUGCUGGGAUUAAAGGCGUGCGCCACCACCGCCCGGCCAAUUAAUCCAAUUUUUACAGUGUUGAGGAUUAACCUAAGAUCUUGCACGUGUUAGGCAAUUGGAAGGAAUCACACCCCCAGGCCUCUUUUAGCUUUUUUCUUUCUUUUUGUGUUGUUAUUAUUUUAAUGAUUUGCUUAUUUUUAUUUUAUGUGCAUUGGUGUUUUGCCUGCAUGUGUGUCUGUGUGAGGGUGUCAGAUCUUGGAGUUACAGACAGUUGUGAGCUGCCAUGUGGGGCCUCUGGAAGAGCAGUCAGUGCUCCUAACUGCUGAGCCAUCUCUCCAGCCCCCUUGGGAUUGUUUUGAGAUAGAGUCUUGCUCUCUUCAGCAAUCUUCCUUCCUCAGCUUCACAGGCGCUGGGAUAACAGGUGCACUACCACGCCUGGCUUUGAGGAAACAUUUUUAGGGAGGCUAGGUUGCAAAGACAAGAAUCACUAGUGCUGGACUGGAGAAGUGCUGCUCAAUUAUGAUAGGGAGAGGGAGCUGUGGUAGUAUGGAGUGCUUAGGGACAGAGUUGUCCCCACCCUGCAUUCUCUGACUUGAGGGACGAGUGGUUUGCACAACUCACCACUAGAGAGAGUAGGGGUGUGGCAAUGAUGUAAGCCUCUUGGGUUCUCACUGCUGUAACUGUGGGUGUCCACGUGGGGCAGCUAGUCAACCAGAGGAAAAUUAGCAGAGACAAAUUCCCCAUCACAUACCAGGAGAGGGACCUCAGAGGGAUCACUGGGCUCUCAGUGGGAACCCAGGCUGAGGGACUCUGAGAAGCCCUCUGAUGGCAAGACCCUUGUAGUGUCUCCAGACUGAAGCCCUUCAGAGGAGCUUUCCAAAGGAGACUGUUGUGGUAGAGUCCCCGAUUGAGACCACAAAUACAGGGGACCUCCAGCAGGUGACACAGGGAAGACCAUCUGCAUAUCUGCUCUUGAUUUCAGAGUUAGGAAGGGAAUUUUGAGUCUAGGCCCAUGUAAUCCUUCUACUGACCCCUCAGCCCUUCCACUGUGGUCUGUCCUUCCCAUGACUUUAGGGGCCCAGCCAGGUCCUAGGUCCUGGGCAGGUGAGGAGGGCUAGUUGGAUUGGUCACAGUCCCAGGAAGUAUAGUUUAGGCUUCCCCUGGGGUUUCUGGGUAGUAGAUUGGAGUUCUGAUGUUUGACAUGCUGUUCAGGGAAGGGGUAGGAUUUGGAGGGAGGGGGAGAGGAGGUGGCAGCCCAACCAGUUUGAAGAGGUUGUUCCCUGCCAGGGAACUCCUUUGAGCCUUGCACAUGUGUGCCCUGGGCGGCUGCAGGGCGCUGGCAGGGCGUCAGGUGAAGGCUCAGUGCGGUCGGUUCCCAGUACCAGGGUGCACUGCUCUGGCCCUUCCUUUCAACCUUUUCAUCUCUAUGCCAUCAGGACUGGGAAAGGCUUGGCUCUGGGUUUCAGCAGGCCUGAGUAUUACUAGCCAAAUUCGCUCUGGUUGGGAGGGAGAGGGGAGAAGAGUGAGUGAGCAUCCGUCCAAGCACAGAGACCCUGGGGAUCUCUUUCAAGCUCCUCGUCCCACAAAUUCACCUUGAUCAGCCCUUGCUUCUCCUUCCGUGCAGACUCCCUCUGCUCCCUGCCUCACAGCUGCUACGGGUUCCUACCCUCCCGGGUAUGGCUCCUUCUGCACCCCUUGCCUUCCUUCUCCCCUCUCCCUGGGACUCUGUAAGGUGAUCUUGUGCCAGGGGUAUCCCAUACCCAGCCCUCCAUGGCUUCCUCCUCAUGGUAGGGGUGGGAACUGACUCUAGCGCUGUAGAGGGUGGGGCUCACAAAGCUGGCUCCCAGCCCGGGAGGCUGCAAUAGCUGGGGUGGCUGAGGGAUAAGGCCCUGGCCCUGCCCCUGGCUUCCCCUCCCUUCCCCCAGGUAUAAGAGCUGAACUCAGGUGAGCUGGCUCCUCCAUCCUGUCUCUGCAGCUGCCAGCAGGUAAGAAAGUCCAGCGCCUUCCGCCUGGAAGGGCUGUCGCUCUUCAGGGAGUACCCCAUGCCUCUCUUGCCCAAGUCUCACAGGGGUGGCUGGAGGAGGUGGGCAGAAGGAGGCCCAGGGGGAUACCCUCUGAGUGGGUUGGCCUGGGGGCUGUGGCCUUAGCUCCUGGAGUUUGGGCAGGGACUGGAUCUGUGUGGAGUAGACUCCAACCGCUGAGGUGAAGGUGUAUGUUGGGUGGAGCCAAACGCGGCCAUGAGAAAAAAAGAAUGAAGAGCUCUCCCCUCACCUCAGGCCUCCCCCUCUUUUCCAGGCAGAUCAUGAGCCAUCAGCUCCUGUGGGGCAGGCUAUAGGACAGACGACAAAACUAACUCACGGAAGGACCAGUGUACCAGGCACCAUGGGACAGUGUCGGUCAGCCAACGCUGAGGAUGCCCAAGAAUUCAGCGAUGUAGAGAGGGCCAUUGAGACCCUCAUCAAGAACUUCCAUCAGUACUCUGUGGAGGGUGGAAAGGAGACACUGACCCCGGCUGAACUACGAGACCUGGUUACCCAGCAGCUGCCACACCUCAUGCCGAGCAACUGUGGGCUAGAAGAGAAAAUUGCCAACCUGGGCAACUGCAAUGACACGAAACUGGAGUUUGGAAGCUUCUGGGAGCUGAUUGGAGAAGCAGCCAAGAGUGUGAAGAUGGACAGCCCUGUUGCUCGGAGCUGAGGACCUCUUCUUGGAACUGGUUGGGGGUGUUGGGGGUAGGGGAUUUUCGAGGUCCUGAGCCUGGAAAUAAAAUGUUUCUCUACCCCCACCACCCCAUUCCCCAGCCUGCACCUCUCCUCAUCUCUGUAAGGACAGCCUUCCCUGUGGGCUCUGUGCACUCAUCUAGGGUGCUCUGUGGAGCUCCUGGGUCCAGAAGUCCUCAUCCCAGGGGAGCUCAGGGGGUGGGGUGGGGCUGGAGAGGAUAUGCAGGGAUCCUGGCGGGGUAAGGGCCAAGCCCUUGGUAGUAGGGGAAGGGCAGAAAGGAACUGGGCUAUGGGAAGUGAUCUGAAGAAUGGGGCUGGGAAGCUGGCUGGAUACUUGGUCCUGAAAAGGGUGUCUGAGAACCUAUCCCUUCUAAUCCUGUCCGACCUCAACUGUAGCUGUCAGCCUUGUGCCAUCCUUGCUGCUUCCAGCUCUGCCCCAUCCUCCUUCCAGGGUCUGUCUCUGAGUAGGAGCAGGGCAAAACAGGAGCAGAGUUGCAAAAGAGGCUGAGGAGGGCAUGACUUCAGAGGUUUGGGGUGAGAGGACCAGCUAGGUGCUUGGGCA